AUGCUGCUCUGCCUCACCCUGCUUCUCCUGAUGGGGUUGUCUGCUUGCACUGUGGCAGGUGACAGGGAACUGGCACUUGAUGCUGAAGCUGGGUCCUGGGUGACCGUGACCCUGGAGGAAGAUGUUGUCCCCAGCAUUCAGCCCCAGCUCUGGGAAGUGAAGAGGGGCAAAGCGAGCCAGUUCUUUGGACUGAUGGGGAAGCAGGUGGGAGGAAUACCUCCCAUCCAGCCAGAGAGAACAGGGUAUCAGCGAGGACCAGUAGUCCAGGGCCACCUGGGCAGGGGAGGACCAUCUACAGAAGGCCGAGAGGAUGAGGACCACUGGUCAGAGUGAGAGCCCCCGCCACGUGCUUCCCAGAGGAUGAAACCCUUCUCCCUACCUGGACAUGACAGCCAACCAGCCCGCCUCCGUGUCUCCUGUGCUCAUCGCCGGCAUGUCCCUCCCACCAGGCCCUCACUGAACUCACUGGGGCUCCUCCCAGGACUCUCGGUCUCAAGCAGCAGUCGUGCAUAAGUGCACUAUUGUCACCAUUGUGAGCUAGUGACCCUGCCCGCACCCCCCCUCACUUGGACCUCACUGCACAGCAGGAUGAGUUUCCCCCGCUCCU